ACCGUAUCAAAUUCAGGUCAAACGAGUAAUUUACGCGAAGUAUUUUCGUAAUAAUUAGGAAGAAAACGCGAUAAGCAAUCGCGCCGGAGUGCAAAUGUCGUCGACAGUGAUAAAAUAGCGCCGUACAGUUUACUGCAAGAGCCCGCACGCUAAUGAACUUCAAAUACUAAAUAAUACGAGUUUAAAUGGAGUUAACCGCGGCCCUUCGCGGAAACUGAGCGUUGAAUCAUACACCGGUUAUCAUGUUUUGAGCGAGAAUGCUUUGCGAAGUCGCAAGUUGGAUUCCGGACGCGGUGGCGGCUACACUGCGCCACGAUCGCCCUGCGCCGCCAGUCAUCGCUUGGUUGACAAACAUUCGCGAUUCAAUCGAAGAAUAUGACACGCUCGUCACAGUGAGGCCGCCGACGCCCGAUACAGAACAAUCUGAUUCAUCGAGCACGACGCCAGAUAGCGCUUUCGAUGAAAUCCUUUCGCAACUUGGAAAAGAAAUCUUCAAACUCGACGAGUACCAAAGAAACUUAGAGCCAAUUCAAAAGGACGUCUCACUGAGCAUCCUCAACAUUUUCGACAAAUGUUUGGAAGGUAUGACAGAGAACGAAUGUGAGGACAAAUGUGAUAAGCUAGGAGUGAUAAAUGAAGUGAAUGCUGAUAUCGGAGACAGUGACGUUGAAUCCACUUUAUCGGAUGUAUCUUUUGUGACUAGUACACCUGCAAACAGUGGCAGAGUAAAAAGUGAUAUUAAUACGAUAAUUGAUAAAAUAAAGGGCACUUCUGUACCACCUAGAAAAGUUAGACUAAAAACGCCGUCGCCGGCGUCAUCGACGUACGAUAGUACGGAAUUAAAGACUGAAAAUACAAUAAUGGAGGUAGCCAAACGUUUAAACUCAGAUACAGAUUCAGAAAGCACGUGUUGGAGCUAUAAAGAGUGUAGUACUGACGGGGAAAAUGAUGAAGGAAAUCUUAAUGAAACAUAUGCGGCUGUUUGGUCGCAUUCCAGUGGGUACCAUAAUUCGGACAAUAUAUUACGUAGAGUACUAUCACAGCACCAUGCGACUAUUUCGCGCCUUUCAUUCGACUCUGUGAAUGAAUUUUCGCCUUCACAAUAUUCUGUGUACGCUUUACACGAGGUGGGAGACAGGUGCGAUGUGCCAGUCGCUAUCAUGACGCCGGACAAACCGACCGACGACGGCUACGAGCCGGUAUGCGACGCGAUUACAACUGACGAAAACAUUUACGAGGAAAUUGAAUAUGGAUACAGUUAUACAGACGAAGGGUUCUCUUGUGGUGGCAGUGUUGAGGUCGAGAGUUGUUCAAUCAGUGCCAGUUCCGACGGUGUAGGCAGGGAGAGCCCUUUGUACGCAAAUUUAAGGGACCAUGACGCUUACGCCAUAUCUGCUGAUGUGAUUUACUGGAAGAAUCUUCUCUUGGACCCUUAUUACAAUGAUGACGAAGAAGAUGAGUGGAUAACUCCUGAAGAAUGCGCCGUGUACAGUCGCGAGCAGCGCCCGCCGCUGGUCAUCCCUCGCAUCACGAAGUACCGUCCGCCCAGGCGCGAAGCUCGCAAUGUGGUUUACCAUCCAGAGGAAAGCCCAAGCAGCGAAGCGCUCAGGGCGCGCCAGUACGAGCGGCUGCAAGACUGGAGUCCUUCAGAGGAAAUGGAUAGGCCUUUUAGCAAGGCCAAUUCUGACAGCCCACCUUUCGGCAGGCUUAACAAAAGAUUCGGCGGCUCAAACGAAAAUCUGCUGAACAUCAGACGGCCAAAUCAGCUGAUGCUGCCAGCAUCUUCAUCCGGAGACAGCCUGGAUGUGGAAGUUAGGGACAAAGAACCUGCUUAUGGACGCACUCGAAAGUCGCGAUCAAUGGUCGCCCCGAAGCCAAGGAUGAGGUCCCCAGUGCCUGCUCCGAGAAUGUUACUGCCUCAAAUGCCUGAGAUUAUAGUUCUUCUCGAAGGAUCAGUGAAGCGAACCAAGUUCGCAGAAAGGGGCAAGAAAAGCAGAAAACACUGGGUCGACUGCUACAUGAUCCUCACGCCUACAGCGUUGGUCUUCUACAAGGAUCACAAGACUUAUUUAGCUACGAAAAUGCCUCGCCCUCCUGGCACUCCCCCCAGCCCGACAGCUCCCAGAGCCGAACUUGUUCUUCCGCUGAGAAACGCCCAUGUUGCUCAGUGUAUCCAGAACCACACUAAAAGGUUCACCAGGUCUCUGGUGCUAACGGUAGACAUUGACCAGUACUUGCUGCAAGAUGAGACAGAAGAAGGAGCGAAGCGGUGGUUCAAGGCGAUACAGGACGUCCACUAUAAACUGGGCCCACCACGACUAGACGAGCAUUCCUCCCAUUAUCCAAGCAGCACCACAGAUAUUGAUAGCAUCGGUCGCACUCCGCCAGCGUCCAGACAUUCAAAUAGGAGCAAUCAGAAAGAAGAACCAAUGUUCGGGCGUAAAUUGGAAGAAGUAUGUCCACCAUCCAGUCCUCGAGUACCAGACUUCGUGGUGGCGUGUAUCAAGGAGAUUGAAAGCAAUGAAGAUAAUAUGUGUACAGAUGGGUUAUAUAGAGCUAGUGGGAACUUGAGUCAGGUUCAGAAGAUACGGUUAGAGGUGGACCAGAACAACCUGUCGGUGAUAGAACACAACGCAGACAUUCAUGUGCUGACGGGAUCGCUGAAGCUCUUCUUCAGGGAGCUGAAGGAGCCACUGAUACCCUGCAACAUGUUCGACAGAGUCCUCGCUGCAUGUUCGAUAAAGCCAAGAGAAGACAAAAUUAAGGAAUUCCGCAACAUUGUAAACUCGCUUCCUCAGUGCAACAGAGAUACGCUUAAAUUCUUAUUGGAGCAUCUUUUAAGGGUAACACAAUAUAGCGAGCGUAACAGAAUGCACACAGCAAAUCUGGCCAUUGUGUUUGGCCCGACACUUCUAUGGGCCCCAGCCGAGCAAGCCCAUAACAUCGCCAUCGAUUGCAUCCAGCAGAACCAUGUCGUCGAGAUCCUCCUCAACGAUUUCAAAGACAUUUUCGAAGAAACUAAAGGGAAAAAGAAGACGUGACUCUGAAUAUAGUAAAUGUGGAGAUAAUUGAGCCCCAAGAACCUUUGGUUGUUUGCGUUUGUUGUUCUUACUAGAGCUUUGAGUUAUUCUGACAUCACCAUCGAUAAGAAGCAGCCGCAUAUGUAUCCGGUAGCUUUCUGGUUACAAUACGCUAAGACCAAGCAUGAAUUCUGUUAUACCUGUAUGACCUUGUAUCUUAGAGCCUAAACACAUGUCGCAUUUUAUAAACGCCGAAUAUGCGCAGAUGACGCGCGUAUACGCGAUACCGAUACGCGCGAGAAGCGCGUUCGAAGGCCGUCUAUAUCGCGUUUUACGCGCGUUUGAAUCGAUUCCAACGCGCGCAAACAUCGCGUUGCAAGUAAGAAGCUUAUAUACUCCACCGGAGUUCACACUUAAAAUUAAAUCUAUAGUACGUUUGUUUAGGCACUUAACUAAAUAUAAACAAUCUUGAUACAUCUUUUUAUUGAAACGUACACUUUAUCAACAAAUCAAUAGAAUUAAAAAUAGCAUGCAAUUUCAUAUGAAGCAUAUUUGUAUUAUGUACUUGAAGGUAAGUAAAAAUCAUUUUAUAAAUGUAUAUUUCACUAAAUAGACAUCUCAAGAUUGUUUACAUUUAGUUAAGUACCUAAACAAAUGGACUAUAGUUGCUUCACUUCAAAAACUAACUAAUAUUAGCAAACAAAGCCAAAAUUAAAAGUAUAUCUUAUCAAAAUGCGCGAUAAAAUACGCCGUGUGAAUAAGAUCUUAUAGUGACCAAGGAAAGGCUGAAAAAAUAUUUUUGGACCCCAAUGCGGUGGCGCUAUCCACUUUUUGUGUCCAGAGUCCAAAUAAGCCUAUGAGUUGUAAUUGCAACUGGGUCGCCGGGGUGUGAUUUGACCGAUUGAUUUCAAGGGAGCAAAAAUUUAUUCUUUAACCCCAUUUUGAACAUGGACUGUACUUUCAAAUUUGCAACAUCUGACCAUGGAUUAUUAAGUUUUCGUAGCAUAAUAACUUAGAAUUAAAGUUGUUUUUCGAAACCAAGAGGCUCCUUUUUGGGAAUAAUGGAUGCAAUAGAUAGACGUGCGAAUGUGUGUUAUAUUAAUUAAAUAAUCAGUGAAUUUUGUGAAACGUAAUAUAGGCGAAUGAUUGGAUAUUCUUAUGUACGAUCUCUAUCAGUUCCACAGUGUUUCGAAAUGACGGAAUAUACUUUCAGUUGACGUGUUGAACGUUUGUAUGAAACUUGUUGAAAUAGACGUAAUUGUCGUUGUUUUUCACUAUUAAGCGUCGAAUUACAUUUUUUUCCCGUACUGUAGUCGAGAGGCAGGAACACUGGCUUCAUUUCAGAAUUAUUUUUAUUACAAAGUAAAUUAAAACCUUUUGGAAAAUGUUUAACGUAUACUAUACGUAGGAAUUGAAACUAUUUUUCCGGAUUUAAAUCGCGUAUAUUUGUAUUUUCAAAUUAAGUAUGUCCAAUGGUCAAAACGGAAUGAUAGUGAAGUAAUGCAAAAUCGUAACAAUCUUUGACAGCUGUACAACAUUUUUUUAUUCAUUCGAAUCUGGACAGUGUCAUUCCACCAUGUUUAUCAUAAAAUAAUAUAUCUAUUUAAUAACAUACGUUAAAAGCUUGAUUACUAGAGAUAGAUUAGAAAGGAAUGAAAUUGGGUUUCCGUGACAGGGCAGCUGGCAGCUUUCCCUUUUUGUAUAGCUAAUUCAUUUGGGAAGAGUGCCAGCCGUUGAUUAUCCCAGUCGGUCCAUUUUUAAACUAAAUUAUGUAGAAAGAAAAAGGUGCUACGCACUUAAGGUUGGUGUAAUUCAUAUAAAAUAUAUUUUUAAAUAUCGAAAAUUUGUCCAAAAACCGACAUCCAUAUGCGUUGUGAUUGUAAAAAAAAUAUUGUAGAAGACUGUCCGAGGCUCUAUGAUAGAAAUUUUAAAUUAAAACACGAAGUAUAAUAGCAAAUUUGUUUCGAUAUACAUAUAUAUGCAUACAUGCUAUCUGUUUAGAAAUUUAUGUGUAUUGUAGAUAUAUAGAAUAGCAGAGAAUAGAAGAGUGUAAGGGGUGAUACACAUUUAUUGGGAUCGUGCGCGCUGGUACUAAAUACUGUGUGGGAAUAAUUUGCAAAUCUCGCUAGAUUAUGUUAAUCUCGGUGGUCCAAGGGUUUGCUCUCUGCAUGAGGAGGUACCGGAUUCACCCGAUAGGAUAAAUUUAGAAAAUUACUUUCCUAAAUUGCUUCUGAAUAAUGCCCGGAGUAACCGUUGCUCUGGUACUUAUAGUACAGGCAAUUGCCUAAUUUGAGAUCAGGUAAUUGUUGGCACUUUAUUAUUACUACAUUAUUAUGCCCUGUAUACAUAACGUGACCAUUAUUUUCUUCCCUCAGAGCGGGACGCCUAUAUACAAUAUUAUAGUUUUAAAAAUAAAAGACGUGUUUAUGUUAGUUAACUGUCUCCGUGGACCAACGAUUAUGGGCCGAGAGAUAUAUUUGUAUGACCUACAUUUAUUUCCCUCGUGUGUUUGGGUGUAAUUUGUGGAUGUCUAUGUCCAUCUAUCCAUGGCACCCGCGAUACAGGGUUUCCCUAGCGCGGGACGGAGUGUGUGCGCGCGCUAUUAUUAUUAUAUAGUUACGAAAUGUUUAUAAAAAAAUUAAAAGAACUAAAAUUGUUUAAUGAGUCAAAAAUUUGAAAAAAAAACUAUUCUUGGCAACAGAGGAUCUUGUGUAGUCUGGACAGCGGGAUAUGAAUCUUAAAAGCGAGACUUAUGGUCACAUUAUGUAUAUACGAGGUUUUUAAAACCGUCUAUCGACAGUGUAGGCCGUGCCCAUUACUUUUGUCCUAACCUAUCAUUUUGGGCCCAGUAUGUGUCACACACGUGUGUAUGCGUGAAUAUCGACCAGUCAUGAUAAGCGUGUUGACACUCUGCGGUGAUAUGAUAAACUAAAAUAAUGCAGUAACAACUCUUGGUGGGGUAACAUCGUUGCAGAAAUUCCUAUACAGAUGAUAUUACACUGCGCGUACGAUAAAAUAAUGGGCGAUCACCUGAAAAGUCUCAAUAGUGUCGUUUUUGAAGACGGAGUUAAAUGACAUUGGCAGGUUUGCCAGUUUUCAUAAAAUUUAAAAAAGUCACGUGGUUGUUGUCGACAGUUUUAUCGAUAGAUUGUGAAAUUUUGCCAUAAGUAGUCAUUACUAAUUACGUCAUUGUCUUCUUCAUAAUUAUUUUGACAUUUGGUAGACUAGGAUCGAAAUCAAUUUUUAUUAAUAUACAUUUUAACAAGAACAGGCGGAUUCACCAUCUAUAUUGAAUUAAAACUAAGUAAACUUUCAUAUUGAACAACAUAACCAUCAUACGUCGAUAAUCGACAGAAUAUUUAUCGACUGCAAUGACUAGCUUCUUGCAAGCGGCUUCUUUUGCACAACGAGCUGCCAUUUUACUGCAUCUUCAAAAAAGACAGACUUUAUUUUAUGUUCGGGGCCAACCAUUGUACAGAGUCAACACGUCAAACCCGACACUUAAGUUUGUAACCAUAGUAUAGCAUAGCAUAAUGAAAUUAAUGUCCCUUGUGUAACGUACAAACUAUACGAGCCAAAAAACAAGGCGCGCGAGUUCCCGUGUCGUUUGUACGUUACACAUGUACAUUACACAAUUUACAAUAAGAACUAGUGUCCAGCUGAAGCGUGAAACACUGACAGCGGGUGCGGGUCAGACACGUGUCGGGUCGGGGGCACGGUGGGUGUAAUUCCGUGUACUUAUAUGGACGAUAACACGCCACGAGCGGGCGCGGGACCCGUGCGCCCGUCCCGCACCCGUUCACGCUUUAACGUAUCUUGACUCUACGUGUCCUGUUUUACAGUUAAGGCUUAAAGCCCGUUUGUAUUGUGCCUUAAGCGUUUUUUAUUUGUAAAUAUUUAUCAUCGUAGAUGAGUUUUUCUUCAUGUGAUAGUCUUGGAAUGAUUGAAUUCAGUUUUCAGCAAAAAGCAAGUGACUAUCUAGUCUCUAUAUUGUUUAAAAUUUGACCUUAGCGUGUUAUUAAACUUUUAUUAUGCUGGCAAGUUGAAUGUCAACCCAGCUGUACUGCCCUCUUUGUCAUAACUAAUGCAUUUGCAUUUAUUGGAGAUCUGAGGUUUUUUUUUUCUUUGAAAAAUAUUAAUAAAAAGUAAAUAAAAUAUAAAAAACGGCAUAAUGGGGGUUGUAGACUCGUUUCGCUCUUACCUGAUAUUAAUUCAAUUUCUCUAAAAAAUAUUGAUUACGUUUAUUACAAUAUGGAAGGCAGUAACGGCAAUGGAUAAAAACAAUUUCUUUUUGGAAAAUGGCAACGAUCCACA